AUGAAUUCUGCUGAAUAUUUUAAGUUACCACUUAAAAUGGAAGAUUUACUUCAUGUCUCUGAAAUCAAUAGUUAUGUGGUUGAAGAAGUCGCCACCACGCGAGAAAUUCAAUGUAAUAUUGGAAGUGCUAAUUCUAACCUACGCAAACAUGGUGCCGAUCAAAUCUUAAAUGUCUUCAAUCUCUACUAUAGCGUACUAACUAAGCAUAACGAACUGGAUGUCAUGAUCAAGCAAGACGUUUGGACAACCUUAUUGUCAGUCAUGAAGGAAUAUGCUAGCGACCUUACGGUAAUGCUAGAAAAAAACGAUAUUAAUGAUAAAAAGAAGGAAUUGAAGAUUUUAAAGAUGCUAAGUUACGUUUUAGUUAACCUUAUCGAAAUAUUUGAAAAUUCCGAAAGUAAAUCUCUACCCGAUUUGGUGACACCACGAAAGAGUCGUAAGGGUACCAAGAAAAAAACGACCACAUUAUCCUGGUCGUGGAAGAAUGAGCGUGAUGCCGCUCUGAACGUUAUCAUGCAAUUACUUCAGACUGAAAUUAGCAGGCUUUGGGAUCCUCCAGUUGUAGAAGAAGAAUACGUUACCUUAAUUUCAAAUUGCUGCUAUACAAUCUUGGAAAAGCAGGAAUCUGCUAAAGUCAAUAGUACAAAGGAUAUUAUUUUUCAUAUUAUUGGGAUCUUGAUCAAGAAAUACAAUCAUUCACUUGGAGCAAGCGUUAAAGUCGUCCAGCUAAUCCAACAUUUCGAGCAUCUGGCUACAGUCAUGGCAGAUGCAGUUGCCUUUUAUGUUAACGAAUAUCAAGCCAAUACAGUUGCAAGUGAUAUAAUUAGAGAAAUUGCGCGAAUUUCGCCCCAGGAACUAUCUCGUGAUAGUAGUAGUACUCGUGGUUAUGCAGUUUUUUUGGCCGAACUAGCUGAAAAGAUCCCCUUCGUUAUAAGUGCAAAUAUAAGCCUACUAAUUUCCCACUUGGACGGAGAAUCUUAUGUAAUGAGAAAUGCAGUACUUUCUACUAUGGGUGCAAUUGUGGUUUCACUACUGCGUAAGGAUGAUUUAGAUGAGUCAGCAAAAAAGAGCCGCGAUCAUUUCUUAGAUAGGCUUGAGGCUCAUGUUCAUGACGUCAACGCCUUUGUUCGUUCGAAAGUAAUCCAGAUCUGUACCUACGUUAUCGGUGAAAAGGCUGUUCCAAUUGCUAGACAACCUGGUUUGGUGGAGUUAAUUUUAGAUCGUUUGCAUGAUAAAUCAAGCAAUGUUAGAAGAAAUGCUGUCAAAUUUUUGGCUUCGUAUAUGGCAAGGAAUCCUUACGGAGCAGAUUUUGAUGUUGAGAAAUUAGCUUUAACGUUGGAGAAUACGAAUUCUACAAUAAAACAACUGGAAUCAACUUUAGAUCAAGAGAAGCCAGUCGUCAAAGUGGAAGAUCAAGAUCAUGAUUCCCAAAAUCAUUUGUCAUCGGAAGAGACGAUGAACGAAAUAGAACAAAAAAUCUUACAACAUAAGUUGGUUGCACGCUAUCUUCAAGAUUCUAUAGGCUUUGUUAAACAAGUUCAAAACGCGAUUCCAAUAAUAUCAGGUUUACUGGGAUCCAAGACGCCUUCAGAUGUUUUAGAAGCUGUCGACUUCUUUGUCACAGCGCGAUCUUUUGGAUUCAAUGUGAGCCAAAACGGAAUUAGGAAAAUGUUACCGCUAGUGUGGUCUCGUGAACAAGCUGUAAAAGAAGGAGUUAUUGAAGCUUACAAGAAACUUUACCUAGAAAACACUGUAGGACAAAACAGGAAAAAAGAUCACAAGGCUAUAGUUCAAGGUCUUCUGUCUUUGGUAAAAGGUUCAACGAUUGGAGAAUUAACAUCUGUAGAAGAACUUGUCCGUGAAUUUAUGCGCAAGGGACUUAUAUUAAAAGAGACCAUCCGCCUCUUAUGGGGCUACUUUAUCAUGGCAGUUAAUGAUGUAACUCAAGAAGAUAGUCAUUAUGCACUUGUUAUCCUUGGAAUGAUUGCGGAGGAAGAAAAAAGCUUUCUAGCCAACAACAUAAGUGCUCUUGUCGAUACUGGGCUCGGACUUAGGGGAGAAGAUAAUCUGGUACUUGCUAAAGAUACAUGCCAUGUACUACAAAAGCUCUAUCGUAGGAAGAAAGAGAUAAAAAUCGCUCGCCUACCUGAAGAUCAUAUGAUAUUUGAAAGAAUAACUACUAUACUUUGUAAAGGUAUUACUAACUUGAAAUGUAAGUUCUGGGUACCAUUCUCGGAAGAAGCUGUAAAGCUUGUAUACAACCUAGCUCUUUCACCCGAAGAAGUUUGCAAAAGAAUCAUGCAAUCUAUAGUUAAGCAAUUGAUGCCUGAUAUAAACGAAGGAAGUACAGAAGACGGGCACAACGAGAUUUCUCCGAGAUUAUUAUCUCGAUUCAUAUCAUAUGCCGGAGACGUCGCUCUAUGUCAGCUAGUGCAUUUAGAUGUUACAAUUUCGAAGGAAUUGAAGGAGCGAAGGCUAGCUGAGGAUAAAGCCGAAGAAAAUAACCGAACCAUCUCAGGAAAUAAAAAAAAAAUCAAUUCCUCUAGUGACGAAGAUGACCUUGGUUUAGGCGGUUGUGUAGGCGCUGCCGCGGAUGACGCAGAAAUGGAAUUAAUCAGGCAACUCUGUGAUUCAAAUGUGGUUACUGGGAACGGUAUGUUAGCCGUUUGUGCUAAUUUUAUUGUUGCUGUAUGUGGCAACUCUAAGAAAUUUAAUGAGCGUGGACUUCAAAAUGCUGCAGCAGUUGCCCUUGCUAAGUGCAUGCUCGUUAGUUCUAAAUUUUGCGAGCAACAUUUGCAACUUCUGUUUACAAUUGUUGAAAAGUCACAGUUCCCGUCUGUGAGAGCUAAUCUAGCUGUCGCUCUACAUGAUCUUACGGUAAGAUUUCCAAAUCUUAUCGAACCUUGGACCGGGCACUUAUAUAGCCAACUAAAGGAUAGCAGUUUGGAAGUCAAGAGAAACUCUAUCAAGGUGUUGACACAUCUAAUCUUAAAUGAUAUGAUUAAAGUCAAAGGACAAAUAAGCGAAAUGGCAGUUUGCCUUGAAGAUAGUAAUAAAGAAAUCUCCAAUCUAGCUAAAUUGUUUUUCUCAGAAUUAUCAAAGAAGGGCAACGCUGUGUACAAUAUUCUCCCUGACAUCAUAAGUCGCUUGUCUGAUGUUGAAGUCGGAGUCAAUGAAGCAUGCUUCAGAUCUAUCUUAAAAUAUGUAAUGUCCUUCAUCGAGAAAGACAGACAAUGCGAAAAUUUAACAGAAAAGCUAUGUUAUAGGUUUAGAGCCGCAAAAAAAUUAUAUGAAAACUUUUCAUGCUUUCAACAUGCCUUAGUGGACGACGAUGUUGAUAGCUCUUUCAAUACUGUGUUAAACAAAAUGAAACGCUUUGCUAAGCCUGAAACAAAGGCCCUAGCUGAAGAGUUUCAAGAUCGCCUAAAUGAAUCUAGGAACAAGGGAAUUGAAAAUGACGUCGCCGCACAGCGAGCUGCCUCUGCUAAAAAGACUCCAAGAAAAUCAGUUAGCAAACGUAAAAAUAGGAAAAAGCCUGUAAAUCUUUCCUUUGAAGAGGACAGUGAUGUAGAACUAUUUGAUAUCGAUCCAGAUGAAGUUAGUGUCAAUGUUGAUAGCGACAUAGAAAAUUUAGAUCCUGCUACACCGUCUCGAUGCAAACGUUCGACCACCCAUAAAAGAAAAAGUCGAUCAAUCCUGUCUGCCAAAAAGCCAUCAACUAUCAGUUCUCGGGCUUGA